GUGAUUGCCCAGAGUCAAAACAGCACAUCAUUGAGAGUCAGAAACCCAAGCCACCCUCCACUUCUGUGUCUACUUGCCUGUCUCCUUUCAGUGAAUUUCUGCAGGGAAGCUGAGCCUCCAGUCACCAACGAUGAAGAUUUUCAGUCAGCUGUUGGUCUUUCGAAGGUUCCUGCUCAUUCUCCUCACCCCACUGCUCUUGCUUCCACUGCCACUCAUCAUCAGAACCAAAGAAGCAGAAUGUGCCUACACCCUGUUCGUAGUUGCUAUAUUUUGGCUCACAGAAGCUCUGCCCCUGGCUGUUUCAGCAUUGCUUCCUGCACUAAUGUUCCCAAUGUUUGGCAUAAUGGCAUCCAAGCAGGUGGCAUCGUCUUAUUUCAAAGAUUUUCAUCUGCUGUUAGCUGGAGUAAUUUGUUUGGCAACGUCAAUAGAAAAAUGGAAUUUGCACAAGAGAAUAGCUUUGAAAAUGGUGAUGCUGGUGGGCGUAAAUCCUGCCUGGCUUACACUGGGUUUCAUGAUUAGCUGUGCCUUCUUGUCUAUGUGGCUUAGCAACACCUCUACUGCUGCUAUGGUGAUGCCAAUUGUAGAGGCUGUGGCUCAGCAGAUCAUCAAGGCUGAAGCAGAAGUUGAUGCUUUAGAGAUGACUUAUGCGAAUGGAUCCACCAAUCAGGCCUUGGAACUUGAUGAAAGUAUCAGUGAAUGUGAAGCCAGUGACUGGAAAGAGAAAACAAAACAAGCUAAUGGGUACAACAAUGAUAUGGAUCACACAGUGUGUAAGAUUGAAAAGGAAAAGCAGAAUCCCCCACCAGCUGAAACAGGAAGGAGAUACAGAACCCAGAAAGACCAUAUGAUGUGCAAAGUUAUGUGCUUAUCUGUUGCUUAUUCUUCUACUAUUGGAGGACUGACUACAAUCACAGGAACAUCCACAAAUUUGAUUUUUGCUGAGCAGUUCAAUACACGCUAUCCAGGUUGUCAGUGCAUCAAUUUUGGAUCUUGGUUUAUACUUUGCAUCCCCAUCACCAUUAUUAUUUUGUUGUUCUCCUGGUUCUGGCUCCAGUGGCUUUUCCUUGGUUUCAAUUUCAAAGAAAUGUUCCAAUGCGGCAAGGCAAAAUCAGCCAGAGAACAAGCCGCAGCCCAGGUGAUUGAAGACGAAUAUAAAAAGCUUGGACCAGUAAGCUACCCGGAGAUUAUUACUCUUGUCCUAUUCAUUCUAAUGGCCCUGUUGUGGUUUACUAGAGAUCCUGGAUUCAUCCCUGGAUGGUCUUCACUUUUUCCACAGUACAAAGGUUUUGCUACCGAUUCAACAGCUGCCUUACUGAUUGGCCUCCUCUUCUUUAUAAUUCCUGCAAAAAGAGUGUCAAGGACUUCAAAUGGAGAAAACACUUUUUUUGAUUAUGCUCCACUGAUUACUUGGAAGGAAUUUCAGUCCUGCAUGCCAUGGGAAAUAGCUAUUCUUGUUGGUGGAGGGUUUGCACUGGCAGAUGGCUGUGAGGAUUCAAAACUAUCAGUUUGGAUUGGAAGUAGAUUAACUCCUCUGGGAUCAUUACCAAUGUGGUUAAUUAUCCUAAUUUCAUCUUUGAUUGUCACUUCAGUGACAGAAGUGGCCAGCAAUCCAGCUACCAUUACAAUAUUCUUGCCUAUACUAGCACCUCUGGCUGAAGCUAUUCAUGUGAACCCACUUUUUAUACUAAUACCUACUACACUGUGUACUUCAUUUGCAUUCCUGCUACCAGUAGCAAAUCCACCCAAUGCCAUUGUAUUUUCAUAUGGUCAUUUAAGCAUUAUUGACAUGGUGAAAGCUGGCUUGGGCAUUAACAUCAUCGGAGUUGCUGUAGUUAUGCUUGCUAUUAUGACAUGGGUAGUACCCCUGUAUGACCUCUAUACAUAUCCAGCCUGGGCACCAGUUCUUUCUUCUGUGAAUAACACAGGGCCAUAGAAGCUAACUAGCCAGUGUUUGUUCUAAUUUUGCUUUUUAUAUCACUAUCAUAUAAUGAGUUACUAAAAAUACAGAGUGCUUCAGUGAUGAUAGUGAUCCAGGUUACUGUAAACACUAUUUCCCAGUCCAAAGGAUUGGCAGUCUGUUCUGGUGUUCCUAUUUGGAAAAAAUGCUAUAUGAGCAGGGACAUGAAAAAAACUAUCAAAGCUGAAUAUGUUUCGUAUCCAGUUCACCUAGUUCAGAUUGUAUUUUUUAUGUGUUUUGAAGGAACGUCUGUAAUGUGCACAUUCAUUAUGAAUAUCAAUGUACCCCUUUUUCUUAGGGUCAUAAAA